GGAAAACCUCACACCCUUUACCUAAUCUCCCUCUGCUAACUCUAAGCCAUUGACUUUGCUAUAUUACAUGGAUCUCAUCUCAUGAUAUAUUAAAUACAUAAAAUUAAUUAAAUUAUCAAAACAAAAGUUUUUCUUUUUCAAUAAAUUUGAAAAAGUGAGCUAAAUGCAUGGCAACUCUAAACAAAAGGUGGUAUUGGAUUUGGUAGUGAUUAUUAGGUAACCAGAACAAAGAUCAUCUCAUCCUAUCCUAUACAUACAUAUAAACCAACAUCUUCAAAACCAAACCAAACCAAUCUCUAGAUUUUCUCUAAGAUAAUCCAAAAAACAUGGUUGAGUUAAACCAUCGUCUUCUUUUGACAUCUUACCCUAUUAACAGGAACGACGACACCGAUGAUUCUUCACCCUCCGAGGAGGCUACUACUUUCGACUCCGACAUGGUGGUGAUGUUGGCAGCCUUGUUAUGCGCGUUAGUAGCCGCGCUAUUGUUAAAUUCGGUUAUACACAUCAUUUUAAGACGUAGGCGCGAGUCCAUGGAGGCAAGUACAAAUGUUCAACCUGCUGUUGGGCUCGGAAAGCGGGCCCUGAGAAAGAUUCCGGUAGCGGUGUUCCGAUUGCGGACAAGUGGAAGUUCUGGUUCCGCCACUGAAUGCUCGAUAUGUCUUGGAGAUUUUGUGGAUGGAGAGAAGGUGAGAGUGUUGCCAGAAUGUAAACAUGAGUUUCAUGUCAAGUGUGUAGAUAAGUGGCUAAAGGAACAUGCAUCAUGCCCGAAUUGUAGGCGGUCGUUGGUCCCACCGAAGGUUGUUGAUGGUGGAGACCGAGCAACGGGUAGGGCGGAGCGCGGUGGUGCCAUGGUUUAACAUUGAUGGAAACACGAAAUGUUUGGUUAGGUGUUAGGUGUUAGGUGUAUCGCUAGUGAAACCAUUUGUAAAUAUGCUAGUUGGAGCAGAAAAAAAAAACAUGAUUAUAUUUUAAUUAACUAUGGAUUCGAUGUGCUCUAAAA